AAUAUUGAAAACAGAUAGUGAUUCAGUCAUAUAAUACAAGUGCUGAUGAGAGAUAGCAAACAAUGCAAUGGCCAUCAGCCUUUAAAUGGUUACGGAUUUGCUUUCAAAUUAAUUGUAAGCAUAAGUAUUGUCUAAUUGUUUGAAGAGUAAAAAUGAACAGAAGAUUUGCAUCAAUUAUAUUAAUUGUAUUGUUUAUGUCAUUCAUUGCAUUUCUCACAUUAACCACAGAUUUUUCAAAGAAUUCAUUACAAAACAAUGAAAAUGAAGUUAAAAAUAGAGAAUUGUUGUCCACUAAUAAUAUGGACCAAAUGGUAUCCCAGUUGACUAACUUAGACAAUGAUAACGAUGUCUCCAUAAGGGAUGGUUGCAAAUGUAACUGUGAUAUGUGUGAUAACAAUGUCCAGACUGUUAGAAGAGAUAAUGUUAGUCCUGAAGAUAUAACCGAAACGACAACAGACUCUAUAAAUAUAGAAGAAAUGAAAUCAAAAAUUGAAAGACCAGUUAUUUUUGUCAUAACUCCGACUUAUUCGAGACCAACACAAAUGCCAGAUAUGACUAGACUUUCGCAAACACUUCUAUUAGUCAAAGAUAUCUUUUGGAUCGUUACUGAAGAUUCACAAACAAAAUCUCAACAAGUGUCAAAUUUGCUCAAACGGACAAACAUACCAUCAGUGCAUUUGUUGGGUCCGCGACCGGUCACUCAUUUGGACAAAAGAAGUGGUCGCGGAGUCUCUAAUCGACUCAAAGCAUUGCAAUACUUACGGCAAAAGUACACAAACACCAGUCAAGAAGGGGUUAUCUACUUUGCCGACGACGACAAUGCUUAUGAUAUUAGGAUUUUUGAAGAAAUGAGAUUCACAAAGAAGGUAUCAAUGUUUCCGGUCGGACUCAUCGCUAAAACAGGUCUUUCGACACCUAUAGUCAGCAAUAAAACGGCAAAAAUAAUUGGAUUUCACGACCCAUUUAUAAAUCGCCGCAAAUAUGCUGUAGAUAUGGCCGGCUUUGCUGUCAAUUUGCAGCUUUUCCUAAACAAAUCAAAGGCAACGAUGCCUUAUAAAGUUGGUUAUGAAGAGGACUAUUUCAUCAAAAGUCUUGGCAUUCAAUUGGAUGAUAUCGAACCCAAAGCCGAUAAUUGCACUCAAAUUCUCGUUUGGCAUACGAAAACAUUAUCUGGAAUUCCACCAAAUUAUGAUUCAAUGGCCAAACAAAAACAUUUUAAUGAAACUAAUUUACCACAACUUUACGAUAAUGUUAUGAAAACUUUAUGACA